GGAAGUGGUGCUUGAAAUGCUUGUAGCUAGACGGCGAAGCGGUUUCUUUUGCGGAAAACACCCAGGACAGAAGCGGGACUCGGUGUACACGUCGAGGCGACUUUUUAAAAGCCUGUUUUUUUAUUAUUUCGUCAAGACUAUUUCAUUUAUGUAAACCUGGCUGCUUUUUUCGGGAGUACUGAGGGAAUCACCGCUGCACGAGGGAACCACCGUCAGCACCUAAAGGAGACGACAUCUGUCUUCACAUGGUGAGCAUCAGCAGCCUGUAGAUAAUGGACAUGGCUCUCACAGCAUCUGGAAGAACGGGGACACAUUAUCCCCGUACAGCAUGUCAGGCCAUGUGAAGAGGGACUAUGGAAGGCCAAAAUGCAAUAAACAGUCCAAAACAGAGGAAUGAUGGAGACAGAGGGAGUCGUAGAAACAGCAACACAUUCGAUCCGAUUCUAAUGAAAUCAACAACUCUUGCUGCACAGCUGCCUUGUAUAAAGGUGGAAAGGAGCUGGUGAAACGUUCAUAGUUAUAAAGCUGAAUGAGGAAACUAGAGGUGCACAUUAUUAGGAUCACGUUGCUGCAAAAAUGAGUAGGCGUACUGGAUGUGUGCAUAUGACACAGGACUAACUGAGUCAACUGAAAGCGCUGGAAGGAGUGACCACAGACGUAGCUAUGUAAGAAGACUUCUCUCCGAUGCACGGGUCCUGACAAUCAGCACACUACUGUGAUUCAUGGCACAUAUGUGGUACCUCAGGGGGAUACAUCGGUUCAUUAGCAGAAGAGAAACAAGCAGAUGAUGAAUACAUGAGAUUUCUCAGCGUUCGUCCUAAGACAAACAGGUUUCCAUUUUUUUGAUUGAAGGAAGCACGGUUUGAAUGGGCACCAUGCCUAGGAACCGAGCCUUUUCCGAGCCAGAGUACUCUGCGGAGUAUUCUGCAGACUGCUCUGUGACGCUGCCCUCUGACCCCGGGCAGGCGGUUGGGCGAACCCAUGAGGUCACGGUUCGGAGCUCAGGAUGCUGCCUCUGCCUGCCGCGAUUCAUGCGCCUCACCUUUGCACCUGAGUCUCUGGAGAACCUCUACCAGACCUACUUCAGACGGCAGAGACACGAAACCCUGCUGGUGCUGGUCGUCUUUGCCGCCCUCUUCGACAGCUACAUCAUCGUCAUGUGUGCGGUGGUCUACACCACUGACAAGCUGGCUUCUGUUCUGGUGGCAUCAUUGGGACUGGCGGCCGAUAUUGUCCUCUACGUGCUGUGCCGCUUUGGGCUGCUUCCAGACCGCAUAUCGAGGCGGGUGGUGCCCUACGCCCUGUGGGUGCUCAUCGCGGCUCAGAUAUUCUGCUACCUGGGACUAAACUAUGCCCGCUUCCACCAGGCCAGUGACACGGUGGGCUGGCAGGCUUUCUUCAGCUUCUCUUUUUUCCUGACUCUGCCUUUGAGGCUGACACCCAUCGUGCUCAUCACCACUGUGUCCUGCGGGGUCCACACCCUGGUUCUAGGCGUCACCAUCGCCCAGCAGCAGCAGGAGCACAUCCAGGGGGCCGCACUCGGCAGACAGCUACUAGCCAACAUAGUGAUCUAUGUCUGUGCCAUCACUGUGGGCGUCAUGUCGUACUACAUGGCUGACCGCAAGCAUCGGAAGGCCUUUCUGGAGGCCAGACAGUCCCUGGAGGUCAAACUGAACCUGGAGGAGCAGAGCCAGCAGCAGGAGCGUCUGCUGCUCUCCAUCCUUCCAAAGCACAUAGCUGAUGAGAUGCUUCAGGACAUGAAGAAGGAGCCCAGUCAGAAAGAGAUGCAGCAGUUCAACACCAUGUACAUGUACCGACACGAGAACGUCAGUAUUCUGUUUGCAGACAUCGUGGGCUUCACUCAGCUGUCGUCGACCUGCAGCGCUCAUGAGCUGGUCAAACUGCUCAACGAGCUCUUCGCUCGCUUCGACAAACUGGCUGCAAAAUAUCACCAGCUGAGGAUCAAGAUACUGGGAGACUGCUACUACUGUAUCUGUGGGCUGCCUGACUACAGGGAGGACCACGCUGCAUGCUCCAUCAUGAUGGGGCUGGCCAUGGUGGAGGCCAUCUCGUACGUCAGAGAGAAAACUCAGACAGAUGUUGACAUGCGAGUGGGAGUGCACAGUGGGACCGUCCUGGGGGGGGUUUUGGGACAGAAACGCUGGCAGUACGACGUCUGGUCCACGGACGUCACUGUGGCAAACAAAAUGGAGGCUGGAGGGAUACCAGGGCGCGUCCACAUCUCUCAGAGCACCAUGGAGUGUCUUCAUGGAGAGUUCGACACAGAGCCAGGAAACGGAGGAGACCGCUGCGACUACCUGAAGGAGCGCGGCAUCGAGACCUACCUGGUGGUUGUCCCUAAAGUACCUGUGGGGAAGAACGGCAUCAACGGUGUAAAGCUGUCUGUAACCUCGUCCAAUGGAAACUCCCCUCUGUUGAUUAACACCACAGAGUGUAACGGCAGCGUUAACACCGCCUGCACCACCCCCGAGGAACCAGAGGAACUGGACACAAGGGUGGUCAAUCCGUCCUUCCCGAACCCCCGGAGGAGGCUGCGACUGCGGGACCUGGCAGAGAGGGUGAUCGACGCUCAGGAGAACGAGCAGGAGCUCAACAAGCUGCUGAACGAGGCUCUGCUGGAGAGAGAGACCGUGCAGGCUCUGAAGGGGAAACACACCAACAGGCUCUCCCUGAGGUUUGUAGAUCCGGAGCUGGAGACACGUUACUCCGUGGAGAAGGAGAAGCAGAGCGGAGCGGCCUUCUGCUGCUCCUGUGUGGUGCUGCUCUUCACCGCAGCCAUGGAGGCCCUCAUAGACCCCUGGCUCAUCGCAAACUACAUCACCUUUGCAGUGGGAGAGGUGCUGCUGCUCAUCCUGACCGUCUGCUCUCUGGCAGCCAUCUUCCCUAGAGUCUUUCCAAAGAAGCUGGUGUCGUUCUCCACCUGGAUUGACCACACCCGCUGGGCUCGGAACACCUGGGCCAUGGCGGCCAUCUUCAUCCUCACUAUGGCCGACAUCAUGGACAUGCUGAGUUGUCUGCCUCCAGCUCCAGACUCAGGCAGUACCACAGCGCCCCCCCCCUCCUCCUCCUCCCUAUCAGGCCCGGGCGGUUGCCUGUACAACCCCAAAUACUACAGCUACAUCGCCGUGCUGGCGCUGAUGGCCACCACCAUGCUGGUUCAGGUCAGCCACAUGGUGAAGCUCACGCUGAUGCUGCUCAUCACGGGGGCCACGGGCAUCGUCAACAUCUACAGCUGGAGGGACAUCUUCGACCGCUACGACAUGGCCCGCUUCCAGGACUACAGCACAUACCUGGUGCCCUCCAAGUUCACAAUGACAAUCAUGAUCUUCAUUAUGAUGGUCAGCUUCUAUUAUUUCUCCAGACAUGUGGAGAAGCUGGCCCGCACCCUGUUCCUGUGGAAGAUAGAGGUCCACGAGCAGAAGGAGAAGGUGUAUGAGAUGAGGCGCUGGAACGAAGCCCUGGUGACCAACAUGCUGCCGGAGCAUGUGGCCCGACACUUCCUGGGCUCCAAGAAAAGGGACGAGGAGUUGUACAGCCAGUCCUACGAUGAGAUUGGAGUCAUGUUUGCCUCCAUUCCUAACUUCUCUGACUUCUACACGGAAGAGAGCAUCAAUAACGGAGGGAUCGAAUGCUUACGCUUCCUCAAUGAGAUCAUCUCAGACUUUGACAGUCUGCUGGAUGAGCCUCAGUUCCGCUGCAUCACAAAGAUAAAGACCAUCGGCAGCACCUACAUGGCCGCCUCAGGAGUCACCCCAGACGUCAGCAACGGCUACAGCUGCAUGAAGAAGGAGGAGCAGUCUGACAGAGAGCGCUGGCAGCACCUGGCAGACCUGGCAGACUUCGCUCUGGCCAUGAAGGUCACACUCAUGAACAUCAACUACCAAUCAUUCAACAACUUCAUGCUACGCAUCGGUCUGAAUAAGGGCGGAGUGUUAGCAGGAGUAAUCGGUGCCCGGAAACCCCACUACGACAUCUGGGGCAACACUGUGAACGUGGCCAGCCGCAUGGAGUCCACGGGGGUGAUGGGAAACAUCCAGGUGGUGGAAGACUGCUACAACAUUCUGAAGGAGUACAGCUUCCGCUUUGUGAGGAGGGGGCCGAUCUUUGUGAAGGGAAAAGGUGAACUGCUCACGUAUUUCCUGAAGGGAAGAGACAAACAAGGCUCAUUUAUCAACGGCUCCUCUGUCACUCUGCCACACCAGGUGGUGGACAGCUAAGGACGCACACACACACACACACACACACACACACACACACACACACACACACACACACACACACACACACUCCCUCCCCAGCAGUUACAUCCAGUGUGUAAUGAUUGCAGAGUGAGAGAGUUUCUGGAACGAGAAGUAAUUUGCCAAAAAGCACUCCGGUACCUGGUAUUCAACCAAAUGUUUACAAAUUACAGAACCACUACACACUUCAUACACACCUCUGACAACACCAUUACUGAACACACACACACACACACACACACACACACACACACACACACACACACACACUUGUUCCCUGUCUGUGGAAAGAUAUAAAUGCCUGUAGAUAUUGUAUUUGAAUUCAAGUUUCACCACGGAGCUCAAAACAUGAAUCAAUUUAUAUAAAAUUGAAUUAUUCAAAAUCUAGAGACACAACAGACAUCCAAAUCGGACACUAUAGAUUAAAUAUUACAAAUACAAAUAAUUAGACUACAGUACAUCAAGUCAAACUUAAGUGACACAAGAUGGCCACAUUUUCAUAUUUAUGGUAGUUUUUCAGAAAAACAGAGAAAUGCAAUUACUUUCAGUGUAAACAAAGAGAAGCUGUGUUCCCCCCACCUAAUGGAAUUAAGAUGGAGGUUAAUGACAAUGUGUUAGUAACUGGAGUACGCUGGGUGUGUGUUUUCACAUUCUCCAGCAACAAAAAGUGAUAUGAAGGUUUCUUCAACAUUCUCCUGCUACAAAUAUUCACACCUUCAGACACACUCUCCUGCAGCUCAUUUAAAAAAGACAAAUCCACUCCAGCAGCUUUUUAUCCAACCAUGGACGUUGGCACCCUAACCAUUCAGAUAUCACCAUGUAUACCUAUCAUUUCAAUCCAAUGUCAUCCAUUGCCGAACAGCAAGAGGAUAACUCAUUCAAGCUGGUGUUAUUUAAUUUAAAUACAAUGAUAGGUUUUAUUUCUUUCCAGAUGAAAACAUUGAUCUCUCACACACACACACACACACACACACACACACACACACACACACACACACAAACACAAGGCCUUUCGCACCUGACCACAUUAACACAACGUAGCUUUUGGACGCCCGGCCUAAAUUCUGGACCGCUCCACGUGUACAAAAUCCUUCCAUGAACGGAAAGCUGAUCUGAAAGCUGAUCUGAGCUCAGCUUCAUCAGACUGUCUCUGAUGAAGAAGAGGAUUUGGAAGUGGACCAAUGAGAGGCCAGAAGUGACAAUAGAGCUGCUGCCAAUGUGUGCGCAUAGUGUUUUCCUGCUAAAUCAAAGUAUUCUCUCUCCUCGUGUGUGAUCUGGGGACAGGUCGCUCCUCCGUGUUCACGCCUCUGUACGGAGAGACACAGGUGUCAGGUCAGAGGGUAGCACACAUGGCAGAAAUAUUUUUCACUCUGAUUGUGGAUUGAUGGAAGUGCCUAUCACAGCUGUGAUGUUUUCAUGAAGUUAAAGGAGUCCAUAGCCUUCUACAGGUAGGGGAAAGUCUUUGAGUCUUUUCACAUUGCUGUGUGGGGAUAAUUCAAGUUUACUUCAGCAACUCUAAGAUCUGGAACAUGAUGAAAUCAACCAAAACAGGUCUGUGAAUGGUUUGGAAACAAAGCAACAGGGAGCCUUAUUCAAAGAUAAAGUAUGCACUGUAACAUUAUUACCCAUAUUUUCACAUCACAGUUUAUAAACCCACUGCCUGCCUAAACGUUGACAUACUGUACCUACCAAGCCCCCAGGAAGAGUGGCGGCCAUUAAAGCAAAUGUUUCUAGUGGCCAAACAAUGGUACUACAACGUCCUUGUCAGUUUGUGACGUCAUUGGGCCAAAAGAAGACUUUUUCCCAUUGACUUACAUUGGGAAAGAGACGUCUGUAAAUAAUUGUAUAAUUCUUUUAUAGUUUAAUUUACUACACAGGAGUUACUUUCCCUCUCCAUUUAUUUAACUGAGCCGAAACCCGGCAGAUUAGAUUAGAAUGAACGCCUCAGACGCAGUUCUCUUAAUACACCCAUGGUGCCAAUGUUUUCUUUGGAUUAUUGUCAGCAUUUUAGGUGUGCUCACUUUCAGUUUAAUCACCAAUGAUGGUUCGGACUAUCAUCAAUGUUGUCUAAAUAUAAGGCUUAUUUUGUUUUUAUAAAUCGGCCUAACCGGUUUUACUGUAAUGGGUAUUUUCAUUUGAUUUAUUUUUACCAAAAAAAGUUAUAAAAACAUUCUAGUAAAUGAUUUGGCUUCCCCCUGCAGACACUCUCAGUACCCCUAGGGGUCACGGACCCCCUGUGGGACAACUUCUACUCCUGUUUCUGGAUCCAUUAGAGACCUCUUUGUGACAUUUGAUCUCAGCAAUUAGCUUGCUUGAGUGUGUCAGAAAAGGACAGAGGCUGUAAUAAACUGGAGUUUCCUUUCAUUGCAUGUGGAAAAACAAGAGACUUCAAUCAAUCUAGAACGUAUUAAACAUGUAUUUCAAUGUGUCAAAAGACGACAGCGACAAACGGUUCAAUACAUGAACUUGUUGCAGCCUUCCACAUCGUUUGCACACGAUUUGAAUCAAGCCCAUUUCUAUCUGGUAUUAACAUGUGUGGAAAGUGUCGAUAGGCCUUUGAAUUCACACCUCGCGCUUUGACGCUGCUGUCCCCAGUGCUACUGAGGAACGGUCUCCACCUUGCUUCAUGGACGAGUUCAUUUAUUGCCACCCGAGUUAGCAGAAUUGGAAUCUGUGUGCAUUAACCCCUGCAUUACAAAGCAGAUUCACUGAUCCAGAUACAGAUCUCAUGUUAAUACCAAGUGGACUCGGGGUCUAACUUUUCUCUUGAGUUUUGUCCUGAAGUUGGCUAUCAUCUGUGUGUUUGUUAGUCUCUGCUUGUUGGACAUGUACAGCAGACACCACAGGGUUUUUCAUACACCAAUGUGUUUUCACGUGCAGUUGGCAGAUGGGCCCAAAAACAUUUUGGUUCAUGUGAAAAUCUGCAAGAAGUUCUCACUGAAGCUGCAUUCACAUGAUACGCGAUUUGCUCUUCGCCCACCUUGAGUUUGGGCACAGAGUCUUGCGGGCGACAAAAGCUAGUUAAUUUUGUUUCUAUGGUAACCUCUCCUGCUAGUUUGCACCACUUCAUGCCGCUGUCAUCUUAUUGGUUGCACGUUGAAAGGUCAGCAGUAAACGAGUUAAAGGUUUCAAUAAUUUGAACGCAGUGCUCCUCGCCCCCAGGAAGUGCACCAACAAAUGUAGUAGUGGCCAAACAUUUGUACUACAGUCCCUUUCUUUUUUCCAUUGACUUGAAAAACUCAAGUGCUUAUUCUCGCUGGGCAAAAUCCCCUAAUUGAUCCAAUACCUUUUGAAUCUACAGUCGCUCCAUUUAGGGAUUCAUGCUCCACUGAGGACAUUUCAUAAGAAUGAACAGUGCCCCGCCUCCGACCAGUUCUCUUUAUACAUCAAUGUGCGUGACUCUAAGUGUAGUGAGUCACCUAUUCACACCGCUCUCUCUAUUGAAACAUAACAGCAACACAAUAAUAAUAAUAAUAAUAACUUAGAUUUAUAUAGCGCCUUUCACCCUAGGUCGCUUUACAGAAAAACUGAAUGUCAGCGCAGAGCAGUUUUCCCGCCUAUCAUGUGAAUGCAGCUUAAGAGACCUGGCCAGGUGAGAAAAUAUGGACAGACAAGAACACCAAACAAAAUCGGACUUUAUUAUUUCAAAUGUUUGGAGUAAUUGCAGGCAAACCAUAUUCUGAGGGAAGCCUGUAGGUCUGCCUCGACAGUCUUCUCGCACGCAGGGAAUGAGGCAUGUCAUGGUGCUUAUUUUUACAUCAUUUUGCCAAAUUUGUUGCAAUUAGAGAAGCUCUGACAAGACUCCCCAAACGGAGAAAAACGCUUGUAUUUUGGAUGUCCACAUGAAGGCAGGACACGCAGUAGAAGGAGCGCCCCCACCUGGCAGGAAGCAGAUGUGCUGGGUGAGGGUUUUGGGGAUAUGAUUAUGUAUACAUCUCUUUCCUCCGCUGAUUGUAAAGCCCAUUAAUGAUUCAGUAGAAUGGGAUGAAAGUGCAAUAGUUUCUUCUUCUACAAAACCUGACAUGCUCCUCUCUUAAGGAAAGGUUCAAUCAUUCCUUCCCCUUUAAUUCAUAUUUUUAUAACGUUAUGUACAAGUUUUGUUCUAUUUAAGGAGAAGGAAAGAGGACUGAGUAUGUCCUAGUUGUAUAUAGACUUUAGAAGGUGUUUAUGAAUCAGAUUUAUUUAUUGGAAAUGACAGGGACAUUGUUUUUGUGGUUGUUUUUUUACACAGAUGUGAAAGUGCCAAUGAUAAAAGGAAUUACUUUAAAUGUUAAAAGCCAAAAAAUGGACCACGGCUGUUUCCUGAUUUAUAUUUUAAAAGAAUCUCAGGCUUGGGAACAAAAAUGGAAUAAUGUGUCAUGAUUCCAGGUUUUGACUGCGACAGAAUCUUUUUUUUUUUUUUUUUUUUAAAGCUAAGCAGCAACACAGAACAGUGAACGCCAUCUGGAGAGCCAGCAGGGCCAGCCGAUGAUGAAGUCGACAAAAUGAUUUAAUCUUGUGGGUCUAGUUGUUGUUGUCGUUCCAUUUUGUCCGGAUUUGAUUCAAAACUUUGAUUCCUCUGCACAUUUUUUGUGAUUUUUAAUUAGAUAUACUGUAGAUUCCAAUUCUGGUUUUGAAGUAUUUCUCAUUCUGUGUACCCUCCUUCAUUUCAACUGUCAUCGUAAGGUGAGUUGAUUAAAAAAAUCCAAUAAA